GCCGCGCCGGAGGCGGAAGGCGCGGCGGCGCGUUCCGGUGCUGAGGUGGCUUGGGAGGGUUUGGCUGUGCAUCCGCCGCAGAGUCUUGACUCAUCCAACCUGUCAGUACCCAAGAGAUGAGAAAGACUGGCGUGAAGGACCUGUGUACAACUGCUCUGCCUUGGAAACCUUUUUACUGCUGAAAACACAGACCUACGAGCUACUCGGUGCAUAAAAGAGGCUGAAGAUGCUGAGCCGUUUGUCAGGUUUAGCAAACACUGUUUUACAAGAGCUGUCAGGUGAUGAUGGAGAUACAGUUACUGAAUCCUCGCUUACUGUACAAGCUUCAGAGGCAGAAGCAGAACGGAUGGAGGAGGCACCAGAGGAGCUAUUGGAGCGCCUAGCCCAAACGGAAAAACUGGUUGUUCAGCUGAAGGAUUUGAUCCGAGAAAAGGAUGCCCUGCUCCAGCAAAAAGAAGUUGUACUCAAGGAAGAGCAAGAGGCUGCAGAUGCUAAGCUGAUGAAGCUGAAACUUCAGGCCAAAGCCAAACUGGCGUCUCUGAACAAGCGCAUUGAGGAGCUGACAGAGCAAGGAUCACCACUGCCUGCACAAGCCGCAUCAGAAGAGCAAGUGUAUCACAAGAGUAACCAAAAUACAAGUGAAAGGAAUACAGAAGAAGCUGAAACACUGAAAGAGCAGCUCAGGGAGCGAGAGGAGACUCUUCAGGACCUGAAGGAACAGCUGGCUCUAGCCAAAGUGAAUCUGAAAGAUGCUGAAAUCAAGUAUGCAACCCAGCUGAGCUCUCUGCAGGGAGUGAUUCAGGAGAAGGAAGCUCUUCUGGAAGAGCAGGAUCAGCAGCACCAAGCUGAACUGAGGAAUGUAGCGGCCCGGUCGGAUCUGGAAGUAGAGAUGCAGCAGAACCUGCGCACGCUUCAGAGAAAGCUGGAGGAGCAGGAAGCAGCUCUGCUGGGACGAACCCAGGUGGUAGAACUGCUGCAGCAGGAGCUAAGUGCUGCUGAACAACAAAACCAGACACUCCUAGAUAAGUGCCAGAAGAUGGAAGUGGAUCUAAGCUCCCUGAGAGAUGUGCUAGAUUCAGAGAGACGAGAGUCUCAGGAUCUCAGAGAGAGGAUGGAGAUGGAGCUAGCUGAGAGGAAGCUGUCCUCCCAUCGCUUGCAGGAGGAGGUGCAAUGUCUCUCAAAGCAACUGGAAGAGGCAAGAAGAGCUCAAGCUGAUUUAGAGGUGAAGUAUAAAGACCUGGAGCAGGAACAAAGGCUGGAGGUGGAAGAGAAAAACGUGCAGAUCAAUUGUCUGAAGGUGGCUGAGCAAGAGCUGCAAUCCAGCCAUGCUGCCCUUGUAACUGAAAAUGAUCAGCUGAAGCAGGAUGUUGAGCGGCUGUUGAUUUUGUCUGCUGAAAACAGUGCUACAAUACAGAAACUGCAGGAUGAACUGGUACAGAAUUCUGAAGAGUUGAUCUGUUUUCAGAAUGAGCUGAGAUCCCAGUCAGUAGUGCAGGUCUCUGAACUGAAGAAACAGGAUGAAACAACUUCACAGGAAGAAGAUGGGGAGGAUCAGAAUGAGACUUCACUCCUACCCACAGAACACUUGGAAAGCCAGAAGACUGAAGAAACGCCACAUUUGCAACACGUUCUCCAGGAGCCUCAACAGGGAGCUGUGACGGUUGCAGAAAAUGCAAAGCAGAAUCAGAAUGUUGGACUCAAGGUGAAACCGCAAGAGUUCCAGACUCUGGAAGCUCCAGCCUCUUAUGUAGACUGCUCUCCUACUGCCACAGAUAUGUCAGAAGAGAUGGUGAAUUCUGAAGUGCAGAAGCCUUUUGGUGACACUUUGGUGCUUCCUGAGGCGAGGACUCGCAAUGGAAGUGAGCAGUUCACCGAGGAAAGUUGUCCACCUGGAUUUCUAGAACAUAUUGCUGCAGAGAAACAGAAGAUGCUGUCGGUUUUGUUGCUGGAACUGAAAGAAGCCCAAGAAGAAAUAACUUUUCUGAAAAGUCAGCUCAAGGGUCCAAACAGCCAAACUUCUGCAGGUAACCAAACAGAAGCAGCAGCUCACCAGCUGGAAGCUGAUUCCCAGAUACAGUCUUUUGUGAGGGAAGAACAAGAGGCUUCAGAUACACAAAAUGAGUUGGGAGGUAGUUCGUUACCGAGAGAAACAGAGAUGCAGCAUAUUGGUGUGCUUCAGGCAAAUGGAAUUGGUCUUCAAGAAGUGCCCCAGGGAAGCGCUGGGGAGAUGGAAGCAAUGCAAGAUGUCUCUAUGGCAGAUCCAUCCAAGCUGCAAAACCAAAUUACAGCGCUGGAAAUAAUUCUGCAGGAAUCAGGAGAGUCCUAUAAGAAAGAUCUAGGAGAAAAAGAUGCAGAAAUAAUUAGACUAAAUGAGCUGGCUGAGGAAUACAGAAAAAAAAUAGAGGAUUCUGACAGUGCACUUUUUGUUUUGACUGAAGAACGAGAUCAGCUCCUGUGUCAGAUGAAGGAACUUUCUACCGUAACAGAACUGAAAGAGCAGGUGAAGCAACUUGAGGAAAAUCUGUCUCUCUCAGAAAAGCAGAGACUGUCAGACAGUCAAAGCAGUCUUCUUAGAGAACAAAUCCAGAGCCUUAAAAAUGAAUUCAAGUCCAAGGAGAUAAAAAUUGAAGCUUUGCAAAAAGACUUGGAUGAAGCACAACUUCAGCUUUCUGACCAGGACGUGCAGCUAAAAGAUCUGAGAAGCCAGGUUGAGAAGAAAGAAUGUGAAGUGCUUGAUCUAGAAAAACUUUUGAGGAAGAAUACAGCAGAGGUAGAAGAGCUUUCCCUGAAAUUAGCCUCAAAGGGACAGGAAGCAGCAAGCCUAGAACAGCUUGUUGCUGAACACAGCAGGACUAUAGAGAGCCUGCAACAAACUGUGCUGGAGAAAGACCAACAGAUGACAGAGAUCAGUCUCAGCAUGUCUGAGAAAAUGGUCCUGCUGAAUGAAGAGAAACUUUCUCUAGGAAAUGAGCUGAAGAGACUUAAAGAGCAAACAAGUCUGUUAUUAAAAGCCCAGGAAGAAAAAGACCAAAACAUAGAAACAAAAGAUACUGAUGUGAAGUGUGGGGUGUCUGAGCAUGAGGCAGAGGCAGCAGGUAAAGAAAGUGAGGUGUUAGUGAACAAACUUGAACUUCUGACAAAAGAAAACGAGCAGGUAAAGCGGAAGCUGCAAGCAGCACUUGUUAACAGGAAGGAGCUUCUGAAGAAGGUUAGCAAGUUGGAGAAGGAAUUGGUACACGUGAGAAGAGAACAUGAAUCAGAAACCUCAGUGGCUCAGGAAGCUGAAGGGGAGGAAGCUGCGAGAAGCGUGAUGAGCAGAGAAGUGACUCCUGAAAGCCAGCCCAGUGAGGAGUAUCUGAUGCAGCUGCUUUCUGAAAAAGAAUCUGAGUUGCAGAGCAUCCGGAAGGAUCUGCUGGAUAAAGAAGCUACUGAAGCACAAUUGCAGGCAGUGAUUGAAGAAAUGAGGCAAAGCUUGCAAGGGAAGAUGAACAUUGUUUCAGUUAAAGAUGAAGUCAUGGAGAGUCUGGCAAUUGCUGACAAAGUAACAGAAACCAAUAAAAGCCCAAAUGAUUACGAAGGAAAUGAAAAAGAUAGUUCAGCAGCUACAAAUCUUGAAGAAAACCAAAAGUCUCUGAAAGAGAGGAUUUCCACUCUUGAACAAGAAAAAGAACAGCUUCAAAAAAAACUUCAGGAAGCCCUGGCAUCUCGCAAAGACACUAUAAAAAAGGCUCAAGAAAAAGACAGGCAUCACAGAGAACAGCUGAAACAGCAGAAAGAUGAUUACAACAUCCUACAAGAACAGUUUGAUAAGCAAUGCAAAGAGAAAGAGAGCAUCCAAGCUCAGCUCAGACAACUCCAGGAACAGAAAGGAUCAACAGAGAAUGUUCUUGGGAAUCAAGGUGGGUUAGAUUCCUCAUGCCUGGAAGCAGGAAAUAGCACAACUAACAAGCUUGUACAAGUUGCAGAUGUUCCAGAGGAAGACUUGGAGAAAAUACUUGAAAAACUGCAGAUGGAGAAAGAGGAAUUGGAAUGUAAUGUUAGCCAUAUGCAAAGUGAACUUGCUGGCAAGUCAGAACUAGUCUGUACUUUGCAAGAGCGUACUGCAGAGUUGUUUCUGGAAAUAGAAGGGCUGAAGAGAUCCUGUGACCAAGCUGAAGCUAAGGCAGCAAGUCUUCAGAUGGAAUUGGAGGAGAGUCAAGUAAAGCUUUCUAGAGAGGGCAACGUGGAAGAACUGAAAGCACUCGUGCACCAAAAGGACAAAGACAUGGAAUUGCUUAACUUACAGUUAAGGGAGAAAAGUGAAGCUCUCGAUAAUGUGCAGGCACAGUUGCUGGAAAAAGAGGAUUCAGUCAAGAGACUGCGUAGUCAGUUGGAAACUCAAGCUGAGGCACAGGAGGAACAAAACAAGCGACUGCAAACAGAGUUGCUUGAGCUUCAGGAGAAGCAAGGUGAUGGUGCAGAAGCAGCUAAACAGAAGAAUCAAAUGCAGAGAAAGUUGCAAGCUGCACUUAUCUCUAGAAAGGAGGCACUAAAGGAGAGCAAAUCUCUAAAAGAGGAGCUGGCUAAUGCUAAAACUACUAUUGAAGAACUUUGUGUCAAGGUGACAGAUAUGGAAAGCCAAAUAUGUGGCCAUGUUAAAGAAACAGAUACCUUAACAGCCAAGUUAGCAGCUCUCACUGAGGAGCGAGAAAAACUUACUGCAGAAGUUGAUAAAGUACUGGCAGAAAAUCAGAAUCUUGAUGGAUGCUGUAAAAACCUGACCUUUAGUCUAGACAGAGUUGUUCUAGAGAAGGAGAAGCUGGAGGAGGAGAUGGAGUCCUUGAAGUGCCUUCAAGCCGCUGAGAGUUCUGAGUGGCGUGAGAAAUACAAGGAGCUUCAGAAAGAGUAUGAAACUCUCCUGCAGUCCUAUGAGAACGUGAGUGACGAGGCUGAGCGGAUUCAGCGUGUUUUGGAAAGUGUUAGGCAGGAGAAACAGGACAUUUUCAUUAAGCUGAAAAGUGUUGAAGCAAAAAAAGAGGAAACAGAGCAGCAGCUACAGGAAGCUGGACAGGAAAUUGAUGGAAUGAAGGAGAAAAUGAGGAAGUUUGCAAAAUCAAAGCAACAAAAGAUCCUGGAACUAGAGGAGGAGAACGACAAGCUUAGAGCAGAGAUGCAUUUCACAGAUGGAGAGCUACACAGAGCCGGAGAUGUCUUUACAAAUAGCAACCUGAAAGAAGAUCUGGAGAGCUCUAGGAGAGAUUACCAGUCUCUUUCUACUCAGCUUGAGACAGUAAUGGCUGAAAAGGAGUCUCUUAGUCAAGAGAUCUCAGACUUAAAGUGCCAGUUGCAGCUAACAGAAUCUAAGCUGAAGGAAAGCAGAGAACUGGUAGACAAGUACGUUGUUCAGAAGACAACAGGGGAAGAAUCAAGUCAGGCAGUUGCCACACCACCACCAACAGAGAGGCCUGAAAAUCAAGUGGACAUAAGUGUUAGACCAGAGUCUCCUACUGCAGAGCUGGAACGAAAAGCAUUUGAAGGUAGUAGCCCUUGUGAAGAUCUUGGCAUUUACAUACAGCAGAUAGCAGAGCUCACAGAGCGAAUUGCAGAACUGGAAGAUAACAGGAGGGCUUCAGAGCAGGAGGUGGGUGACAUCCAUGUGUGUGUUGAGACUUUAGCAGCUGAGAAGAGGGCUUUAGAGACCCAAAUGGAAGAGAAAGUCCAUGAAUUGAAUGCUCUUCAGGACACAGUAGCAAAGAUGGAACAAAUGGUUGAAAAAACCAAAGAUGACCUUGUCAAGAUGACAGAACUGAAGGACACACUAGAAGCCGAGAAGGAUGAUUUGGAAGAAAGGCUCAUGAAUCAGCUGGCAGAACUUAAUGGGAGCAUUGGAAACUAUCAGCAAGAUGCAACAGAUUUCCAGACUGAAAAUGAACAACUGAAACGUGAGCUUCAGAGUUUGCAGAGAAUGAUGCAUGAGCUGGAGGAGGAGAAAUAUCAAAUGGCAAAGGAGAACAGCAAAGCAAGUUCAGAAAAGCAAAAGGAAUUUGUAGAAAAGCUAAAAUGCAGUUGGAGGGGAGACAACAGCACACAUGUAAAGGAGCUUCAGGAACUGCUGAAACAGAAACAGCAGGAGAUUAAGCAGCUGCAGAAGGACUGUAUUAAAAGCCAGGAAAAGAACAGUAGUUUAGAAAGAACUGUUAAAGCUCUAGAGUUCCUGCAGAGUGAGUCUCAGAAAGAGGUAGAAGCAGUCAAAGAGGCUUUAGCGAAAGCAGUUGAAGACACCAAGAAAGCCCAAGCAGAGCUUGCUCACUGCAGGGUGGUGUUGGAUGACACACAGAGUGAGGCAGCGAGAGUUCUAGCAGAGAGUGUCAAAGUGAAAGAAGAGUUGCAGGCAAGCAAAGACAAUAUUAAAAUUCAAAUGAAGAAAAAAGAUGAGGACUUUGCAAGAAGACUGGAACAAGAAAAAGACAAGCACUCAAAGGAAAUUAAAAAUAUGGAAGAGAAGUUGGCAACUUUACAGAGAGAGAAAGACUGUGUGGAAGCAACUAUCGGUGAUCUUCAAGAGUCCUUGAAGACAAAGGAUCAAGAAGCCAAGCAAUUGGAAGGCAGCCUAAACAAAACACUAGCUCAGCUUGCAGCCUUCACCAGGAGCAUGUCUUCCCUUCAGGAUGACAGGGAUAGAGUGAUAGAUGAAUCAAAAACAUGGGAGAAGAAAUUCACUGAAACUAUUCAAAAGAAGGAGGAAGAAAUACGUUCAAAAGAGGAAACUUGUGCUGUGUUAAAGGAUGAGGUGAAGCAGAUGACCAUACGUGUGGAAGAACUUCAGACUCAUAUAUCCAGUCUGGAACGCAACAAGCAAGACUGGGAGUCUGAAUCCAAGAAGGAGAUUCAGCAUCAUCAAAAGAUGUGUGAAAAGCUGCAGGAGGAAAAAAAGGAGCUUUUGACUCAGCUUGAAGAGUCUCAGAAACUGUACAGCAAGUCUCAGGGUGAACAGCAGAAACUGGAGUCAGAACUCAGUAGCCUGAGAGAUCAGCUUGCUGACUUACAGAAUUCCUUCAGCAGAUGUGAGUUGGCCAGAGAAGAGCUGGGCGGUAUGGUCAAGCUACAAGAAACCAGUAUCCAGAAUUACAAAUUGAGCUGUGAGCAGCUUGAGGCUGAUCUGCAAGCUUCCAAAGACCUAACAAAUAAGCUGCAUGAAGAAACUAGUGACAAGGAUCAAAAAAUCAUGAGUUUGCUGUCUGCCAAGGAAGAAGCAGUUAUGGCUGCUCUAGCUGAGUUACAGCAGCAGCAUUCUGAAGAGAUGAAGGAGUUGGAGCAUAGGCUAAGUCAGGAGGAAGAAAAGAAGAAAGCCUUGGAAAAUGAGAAGAACACAAUUCGUGGCAAACUUGAUCAUCUCACUGAGAAGAUGAAGAUAAGCAGAGAAGAAGGCAAGCACCAGAAGGCACAGCUGGACUCCUUCACCAAGUCCAUGUCAUCUUUGCAAGACGACAGAGACCGCAUCCUGAGAGACUACAAGCAACUCGAGGAACGUCAUCUUGUUAUAAUCUUGGAAAAAGACCAGCUCAUUCAAGAGGCUGCUGCUGAAAACAAUAAGCUCAAGGAAGAAAUCAGAGGCUUUCACAGCCACAUGGAUGACCUGAACUCUGAGAAUGCCAAGCUGAACGCAGAGCUGGUGCGGUACCGGGAAGAUCUGAACCAAGUGAUUUCAAUCAAGGACUCCCAACAGAAGCAGCUUCUCAAAACACAGCUUCAGCGAAUCCAGGCUCUGGAAAAGGAGAAGACAGUUGUGGAAACACAUCUGAAAGAGUCAGAGCAUGCUCAGGAGGAUCUCAAGAGGUGCAUGGAAACGUUGAGAGAGGAUAAAGCCAGCAUGUCUCAGGAGAUUGAAAGCCUUACAUCCUCUCUGUCUCAGGUGCAGAGUGAAAUGACAGCCUUACGUGAGGGUGGUCCUGUCAUGGAGUGUCAAGCACAGCUGAAGACCCGAGAGGAAGAGGCACAAGAACUGAGUCGUAAGCUUUCCCUCUCACAGAAAAGGGUAACAGAACUUGAGGAGGAACUAGUGUGUGUUCAGAGGGAUGCAGCCAAGAGAGUGGGAGAGGCUGAGGACAAGCUUCGAAAGGAAUUGAAACACCUACACCAUGACGCAGGGAUAAUGAGGAAUGAAACAGAAACAGCAGAAGAGAGAGUAGCAGAGUUGGCACGGGACUUGAUGGAAAUGGAACAGAAAUUGCUUGCAGUUACAGAUGAAAACAAAGAUCUCAGAGCUCAAAUUCAGUCUUUUGGGAAGUCCAUGAGCUCUCUUCAGGAUAGCCGGGACCAGGCCAAUGAAGAGCUGCGUGUUUUGAAACAGAAAUACUCAGCAGACUUAGAGGAACACAAGAGUCUAGUGCAGAAUCUUCAGAAACAGCUGGUUCAGCUACAAGAGGAGCAACAUUCCACUGCCAGGGACCGAGAUACGGUGAAGUCUGAGCUGGCAGAACUGCAGAAAGCCACUGAGGAAAGAGGUCUCUUGGCCCAGAUUGAGGAACUUAAUCAGAAGCUCAGAGCCAAAGAUGACGAGCUCCUCCAUUUGUCUUCAGAACUGGAGGGCUCUUCCAGUCAAGUCAGGUCUUUCUCCAAGGCUAUGGCAAGCCUGCAGAACGAGCGAGACCGUCUGCUGAGUGAGCUGGACAAAACACGUAAGGUGGAAGAAGUGAAGCAGCAAGCAGAAGGGAGCACUCCCACCACUCCUGCGGAAGUGCAGAGUCUUAAGAAGGCACUGUCCUCCUUGCAGAAUGACAGAGACAGAGUAGUGAGAGAGCUGAAGAACCUGCAGCAGCAGUACAUACUAGUUGGGGUAGAAUCAGCUGAAAACUCUCACUUGAAAGCACAACUGCAGGAGUAUCAGCAAGAUGCAGAUAACCAGCACCGUCUCCAAGAGCAACUGAAGCAAGAAAGUCUUUUCUACCAGCAGGAACUCCAGCAGCUUAGAGAAGAGAAAACUGCCUGGGAAAAGCAGAAGAGCAGCAUAAAGGAGCAGUACCUGAUGAUUGUAGCAGAAAAAGACAAAGAACUGAGCCAUUUACAAAGGAUGGUGCAAGAAAUGAGGCUGCCCCUCAGCAAGCCUCAAGUUGUGGAAGAGCAUUACCAAACAAAGAUUUCUUCAGAAGUUCUGAGAAGGGACUCGUCAAGCCUAGAAACAGAGAUAAAACAUCUCCAGGCCCAGCUAAGUGACAGCCUGAAAGAACUGCACCAAAAAGAGCUCAGAAUUCAGCAGUUAAACAGCAAGCUGUCUCAGGUCUUUGAGGAGAAGAACGCUCUGUCCCUGCAGCUGCGCGGCAACAGCCGCAGCGUCGGCGAGAGCCAUCAGCGCUACAACGAGGUUCUGAACCGCUGCUUGGUGCUGGAGAGGCAGCUCCAGGAGCUCCAGUCUGCAGACAAGAGCAUGGAGCCAUUUGCAACAGAUGCUGCUCCAGGAGCACCCCAAGAAAAGAAUGAGCCUCGGGGAGGCAAUUACACACCAGAGCUGCAGGAGCUGCAGCUGAGGUUGUCUGAAACAGAACAUUUACAUAGCAGCACGAAGCAGGAUCUGAGGUACAUAGAGGAGCAGCUGGAGGAGGAACGGGACCGUCGCCUCGCCGCAGAGGAGGCACUCUGUGCAGCACAGGAUCAGAUCAGGAGGUUGCAGUCAAGCGAGUGGACGUCCUCAAGUGCUAGUGUUGAUAUGACUCCAGGUCAUGAGCACUCCCUGCUGAUUGACUCCAUGGAUAAUAAUUCCAGCAAAGCUCGGAAUACCCUUGGACUGCGACGCCUCUUACGCUCUCUGUUCCGUUCUCGGACCCACCUGCCGCUGCUAGUGGCCAUGUAUCUGCUUGCUAUCCAUGUCUUGCUCUUCCUGUGCUUUACAGGCCACUUAUGAACAGGAAUAACAGCCUUUUCUUGAGCCACAGCCCUCUAUGUACUGAGAGCCUGCAUUCCCUCUGGACAGGGUAGCACCCAGCUGCCUUCUUUUUCCAAAGCAGCCCUUAAGGAGCAGCUGCACCCAGCAGCUUGGACCUAGGCUGCUUGCUGCCUAAGUAUGCAGUAGCCAGUGCUGACACUUGGGAUCUGUCUCCAGGACAUCUGCCAUUCCUUCAGUGUGUCUAAAUGAGAGGUACAUUUUCUGAGCCAGGGUCCCCACACUACAGGCUUCAAGGACAGCCAUCAGUUCCUGUACCUGGAGGUAGCACCACUCAUUUCAUACAGAAUUGGGCUGUGGUAGGUUACUGCCUUACUUCAACGCUUGUAGAAGCUGCAGGAUCUUCCCCCUCUCAGACUGAAUCAGCAAGUUGGGUUGGGGAAACCCUGUAGCUAGGUAGAAAAGAGAGAAACUUCUUCCCUUUCUUCUGUCCCUUAGAUUUGUUCCGUGGCUCAGUGCUGUUUGAAAUGCACAUCCUAAGGAAGAUGUGGACGCUGUAAGGAAUGUGAGUUUCAAAAUCACGUUUCCUUGCUGAGCUGCAUCUCCUGAUGAAGAAAGGGCAAAAUGAGCAUAUCUGGACCUGCUGAUCAUUCCAUGUAAAAACAGUCAUGUGUCUGCCCUGACAAGCCUUUAAAAUCAUUUCAGUCAGUUAUUGAAAGGGAAGAGGAAACAAGACACUUUUUAGCUCUAAGUUAAUAACCUUGCUAUUUCUAGCAUUUGUGCACCUCUCACAAUGAGAGGUGCCUGUGCACCUCUUGAAAUGACAGCAGCCAUGCUCCUGCUUUCUUGUCCACUGAACUGUUGUCACUAGAUCAGACCAGUCAGCCAGAAACUGUCACCUCCUAUCUGAAACCUUCUAGCAGCCCUGCUUUAGGAAUAACCCCAUGUAGAAGGCUAGUGCUGGUCAUUGGACUUGUUUGACUCUAAAGCAAACUUAUGCAAAGGGACUUCUUGCAGGAUAUUAGGGAAAGCUGUUUUCUAAGGAACUCCUGAAUAUGUCCUGGAAUUGAGACAGCCCUUUCAAAGGGAGAAUGCUGAAUGCAAAGCAGAUAGUUCCAGUCAAGCUGCUUGUCAGAGACCAGUGGGUUGUUCUGUUCAGAGUACUUGCCAGAGGGAUUCCAUCUGCCUCUUGCUAGAGUAUUAACAGUCACAUUUUUCCCAUGGGAAAGAGGUAGUUCUUUUGAUAUUGCUGAUAAACUGGGAUUCUCUAGCCAGUGAGGAAAGCCUAUGUGAGGAUGGAUUGAUUUCAUCAUAGUAGCUAAAAUAACACUAUCUCUGGCAGGUCCAGAACAUUGGCACUAUGUUCGUCUGUGCACUACCCCUCAUUGUCUGUGUGGAUUUCCUCGACUGUGUACAAUUCAGUGACCAAACACUUUGCCUACAGCUUUCUGGGGCAUGUGCUCCUGUAUAUAUAAUAAAGAUUAUUUUUCAGAUGGAA